AUGUACCCGCUGGCCGCCUUGUCGGCGUGGAACCACCGCUGGCUGGGGGGCGACGGCACCUGCGUCUACUACGGCCUGGUGGGCUUCUUCUUCGGGACGGCCAGCAUCAUGAACCUCACCGUGAUGGCCGUCGUGCGCUUCGCAAUCUCCGUCAAUAAACUGUCACCCAGCUCGUCGGACCUGAGCCCCUUCCCCGGCCAGUUCGAGCGGCAGUUCCCCGGCCUCUCCUCCCUGACGGAGAGCCGCUUCUCCAGCCCCCGGAUGCACUACCCGGCCACCUUCACCUACACGCCGCCCGUCACCUCCGCCAUGUCGCUGGGCAGCGCCCACUACCACACCUACCUGCCGCCGCCGUACCCGGGCUCCACCCAGAGCCAGAGCGGGCCCUUCCAGACCAGCAGCACGCCGUACCUCUACUACGGCGCCUCCUCCGCCGGCUCCUACCAGUUCUCCAUGGUGCCCGGCGGCGGGGACCGCUCGCCGUCGCGCAUGGUGCCGCCGUGCACCAGCGCGUCCACCGGCAGCACGCUGGUCAACCCCAACCUGCCCAGCCAGUCGGAGGGCGGCGGCGGCGGCGGCGGCGUCGAUGGCGGCGACGGCAGCCACAGCAACUCCCCCACCGUGCUGAACUCCGGGGGGGGGGGAGGGCGGGGCAUGGACGAGGCCGUGUGGCGGCCGUAUUGA